AUGAGCAGCAAAGUCCUUAUCUCAAGCUGGCUUACAGCCGAUACCGCAGAACAAGUCAAGGCUGCACUUCAAAAGAUUGGUGUGGAGGUGACGAUGACAGGAAACGUCAUGACUCUUUCUUUUCCAGACGGCUCAGUCAACCAAGUGGCCGCCAGCUUGGAGGAUCUGAAGGUGGAUUCUCCUCCGCACAAUCAAAGCGACAGCGACUCUACCGCCUCCCAUUUGUCUCAUCUCAACGACCAAGACGUCCUCGCUCCAUUGCCUUCUGAAUUCAUCCCCUCUGAUUUCGAUUCUGACAGCACCUUCGACGACAGAAAGCCCGCUCCCAAGGAAGUUCCCAGGCGCAGACGCACCCGUUUCACCAGGAAGCAAGUAACCAAGAAAGAAGACAGCUCGGACGAAGACAACUUCAUCGAAUCGCAAGAAUGGGUGUGCGUCCAAUAUUCGUGUCCAUCGUCCAUGUCAUUGUUGUUGCUCGUUUUUUCGCCUGACUCUUCCAUUUCACUUCCCCUCUUUUAG